AUGCUCAGUGCAAAUCAAUUUGUUACAGGUAAAAAGUUCAUUUACAUGCUACCUGACGCUGAUGGAAAGGCACUGGAAUUCAUGCACGUGUGUCCCUGGGGCCAGUUUUGGAAUUUAAAUCAUCUCACAUGUCAACCCGCCCAUGAAGUAUACUGCCCAGACAGUCCUUGUAUCGGGAAGAUUGCUGGCACUAUAGCAAUGGCGGACUACUGCAGUGCAUUCUGGGUAUGUCUGAAUGGAACCGCCGUGGCUUCCUGUUGUCCGUCCGGCAAUAACGCUUACGUACAGGGCGUGGGGUGCACCACAGAUCCAACGUGCUUGUCCGAAUGUCCGCCAAAAGAUAACAGAAUUGUCGCUCCUGUUGUUUGCACAAACUUCCCUGAUGUUACCGACGAAGAGAGAUUUAUACAAAUGGCGCCGUCAGGAAACAUCUCUAUGCGAUGUCCGCUUGGGACCGCUUUCGUCGCCGCUGAUUGCGGCUGCACCAGGAUGGUCACCAUUCUGCCUUCCUCUAACCUUAAUGAAUGUAAGUCGGAAGUUAUUAUGACCUUUGAUGACCUGUCUAGACCUUUUGCGGACUCUUCCACGAAUGGCAUCACCGUCACGUAUGAAUACGUCGAUAUUGAUCCAGCUCUCAGAAUGGCCAAAUUCAACGGAUCUGGAAUGAUCAAUCUCUACCGUUUCGCAUUCGUUGAUUUCCAGGAGAGCCUCGUUAUCAGGCUUGAGUUCCAGGAACUACCAGGUGGCGCUGAACAGCAGGCGCUGAUUACUAACUGUAUCUUCUCGUACCAAGAAGAGGCCACGAUAUCAAUGAUUGUGGAUAAGAAAAUCAGCGCUGUUAUCUUCGGUUUAGAGACUUCUGACGCCAAGGCAGAGUUCAUCGUACCUUACACGAAAAAUGUCAUGAAUAAGGUGAUCUUUAUCUACAAUGGACAGAAUGCAGUGGCUGUUAUUAACAACGUGAGAGCUAAUGUUAGACUAACGGGACACAUUAUUAAAAGACAGAGUGGUAUUGUGAUCGGAGCCGGAAGUCAACUGGGGCAUUUCACCGGAUAUGUUGAUAACUUUGAACUUUUUAUGUGUCUACCAUCGGAGAUUGAGCAAUAUCUGAAAUAUACAGAUGUGAAUACAGUGUAUCAAUUCUAUUGUGGACGAGAAACUAUGUACAUAUAUAGAUCCAUGUGGAUUAAAUUCCUUAUGAAAUGA